GUUUUUCCAGCAUGGCGAUCACCAUACAGUGCACCAAGGCAGGGUUACAACAAAUGCUCACUUCUUCCACAGCUAUUACACUGCAACUUGCAAUGAAUGGAAUGACUGAAAGCUAAAGGAUGUAGUGCUACUGUUUCAUUCUCCAUUGAAGAGGGACAGUUCUGCAUAGAUUUAACUGUUAUAACCUGCUCUCAUGGCUGUACAGAUGCCUUUAGGAGGGGCUUUACUUAUGCACAGACUGGUGCGAAUUUGCACAUCCAGACAAGGACAUCAAAGAUACAGGGAGUUACAUCCUCUCCUAAAAAUAGCCACACGGACAUGGGAGGUAAGAACAUUUUCAGCUGGGCCCAAGAAUGGCAGUGAGAAUGAGGAUGAGGCAGGCAGCUCUGCCUCUUCAUCCCCAGUGCCCAGCCUGACUCCCAGGCAAGGCUUGCUGUCCAGGAGGCGACCCCUGUCCCCACUGGAGAGGAUCAGUCGCCUGCUGCCCCAGGACUCCCUGAGCCCCGAGGUGCUGCAGCUAAGGCAGGAGAACCAGGAGGAACCUGAAGUGGACACAAGGGGAGGAGAGGAUCCAGCAUUGAAGCAGGAUGUUUCAGAUUCAGUCGUGCAGCCAAAGGGUUCAGACACUCAGCAAAACGGAAGUAGCUGCUUGUCAGCCACUCUCCCAGGGGAGAGCUUGCUGGUGUUCGGGGAGCUUCUGGUUGCUGAGUACCGCAAGAAAGGGUGGGUGGAGUUUAGGAAGAUGUUCAAGCUUCAGGAGGGGAUGCGCCUGCAUAGCAGCUGGGGGACUAUUGGGCAUGAUGAGAUAGCCGGGCAGCCCUCGGGCAGGUUCCUGAGGACCCACUUGGGGAUGGCCAUCCUUGUACGCCGUGCCAGCCUGGAGGACUAUGUGCUUUAUAUGAAGAGGGGGCCAGCCAUUGCCUACCCAAAGGAUGCAAGUAGUAUGCUGAUGAUGAUGGACAUCACAGAGGGAGACAUUGUGUUGGAGUCGGGCUCUGGAUCAGGGGCUAUGUCUCUCUUUGUGUCCCGAGCAGUGGGCUCCAAGGGCAAGGUCCUGAGUGUGGAGGUCAGGGAGGAUCAUCACAAGACAGCGGUGUGUAACUACAACCGCUGGCGUGCGUCAUGGAGGCUGCAGCGAGGGGAGGAGUGGCCCGAUAACGUCUGCUUCCACAACGCCGACCUGCGCACGGCCUCCCCGCUCCUAGCCGGCUGGGGAUUUCACUCGGUUGCUCUUGACCUGAUCAACCCCCACUUGGUGUUACCCACUGUGAUUCCACAUCUCCAUCCUGGGGCUGUGUGUGCCGUCUACCUUGCAAAUAUCACACAGGUCAUUGACCUGCUAGAGGGGCUCCGAUGUUUGGCACUCCCCCUGCUGUGCGAGCGCAUCAUCGAGGUUCCAGUCCGCGAUUGGUUGGUGGCUCCGGCGCGCCAGAAGAACGGGCGGUUCUGCACCAGGAAAGAUCCUAUAGUAGAUCAACACCAGAGAGUAGAAAAUGCACCGUCGGAUGAUGAUCAAGAGAUGACUGUCAGUGACCACCCACCUUUCGGAAGUGUCCCCUACAUUGCCAGACCUCACCCUGAACAAGUGUCUCACACGGCAUUCCUGGUAAAACUGAGGAAGUACACCCAGUAGCUGCUGUGACUGUGAAGACCACCGGGCAGAAAUAAUUAUUUUGUAUUUUGACUAAUAAAUACGCCAAGUAAUUUACCUCCUCAUUUCACUUCAUUUGGUGACAUAAAAUUACUGAUACCAAAGCGUC